AUGGCGCCCACAAUACACUCGGCCAAAUUGACACUCUCGUGUCCGCUCUUCGCAGCUGACUUCGACCCGCGCAACAACGGUCUACUGCUCGUCGGCGGCGGAGGCGGCGAGGGGCGCAGCGGAGUUGGAAACAAGAUCGCAAGUUUCACCUUGACGAGAAGCACAGCUUCUCUCCUUGACACUUCGCGUCGCAAUGAGGUCACCGAGGCCGUUGAGCUGAGCUUAUCGCGUGAUGAAGAUUCGGUGACGUCGCUGGUUGCCGCGCCGCUGGGUGGUGAUGCGGCGGGCUCACUAGUCACAUUGGCUGGGAUCAACAGCUCUGUGGCAGAGCAGAAGAAGAACAAUAACCAGCACAUGCGCGCGUUUCGUUUCAAGGCACCACAGAAGAACCGAGUUCUUGCUGCUUCCCAGGAUGCGGAGUCGCCGGACAAGCAAAAGACCCAAGACGAGAAAGACACUAAGUCUGAGGAAGUUAUUACACCCGGAAGAGCAACAACUCUGUCGCAAGCUUCACUGUUCCGCACGAAGAGCGGGCCAGGCUCAUCGGAUACGUACCAACGCGUGACCAGACUCUCGCCGUGGCCCAAGGGAAAGAAUAGCGAGAAACACACCCGGAUUGGAGCCAUUACAACGGGCCUGGCAGCAUCUGGUGAAAUCGUAUUCUUUCGUGUCACCGAAACUCCGAGUGAGACAGACGUCAUUGGUCGUAUUCAAUUAAGCGGCAAUGAAGAGGCCGAGGAUAUCGACUUUGCCAGUCUCGAAAACGACCCCGAGCGAACAGAAGACGCUCCUGGCCAGUUCCGUGUGGCUUAUACAAAUGGAGUGGAUAUCAUGGUUGGCGAGAUAUUCUCGUUGAACAAGUCCAGCAGCUCCCCCGAGGUCCGCUGCGUCUACACUGUUCCCCUGCCAGCCAGUGGAGCUCGCACACGCCCCAAAUUCCGCGCGCUGCGCUUCCUCUCCCCCGCACCCUGCUUCUCUUGCAAAAUGCACCGGAUCGUGGGGGUAGUGAGCUCGUUCUUCUUCAACUUUCAACAGAAAGCGAGGGCAAGCCUCAAAUCCUACGUCGCCGCAAGCUCCCCAAGCCAACAACAGACCAUCAUCGCAAUCAGCGGCAGCGAUAACUCCAUCCCUCUAUUCACACUGGAAUACGGACCAAACCGCGGAUACAGCAACUUCCGCCCCUACUCAACCAUCCGCGAUGUCCACCCCUUCUCAAUGACAAAGCUGACCUUCUCAACCUUCACCGCACCCUCGCACCCCAUAGGCCCAGAAGUCGGGCCGCAGAACGUGAAGCUCGCCUCCGUCAGCAUGGGCAACACAGUCGUCGUGCACACAUUCCCCCUCUCCCCAUUCCCAACAUCCUCCCGCACCCCCCGCUACGUCCUAGCCAUCCCCGGCCCACCCGCAAUCUGGGAAUUAAUCUACAGCAUCCUCAUCCUCCUCUUCUCAAUCUCAGCCAUCUGCUUCGCAAUGCUAGCAUUCGCCGAAAUCCGCGGCGGCACGCCUCCAUUCCUAGGCGCCACCGAGUGGCUCCCAGUCGGUCUGCGCGAUAUGAUCGCCGGCCAAUACAUCCCUCCUCCACCGGAUCGCCAAACAUACCUCGACACUCUGCUUGCGCCACGUCCUGAAGGAACCACCGACAUCCCCGUCGCGCGGAUCCACCCCGACCUAACCAAGCAAGAGAAAGAACGACUCGAAUCCCUCCGUUCGAUCUUGGACCGCGUCCACAAUGCCGGCGCUGCACCGGCAGACCUGGAAACCGCCACCCCGCACGACGUCUCGGUCAUUGUGCGGUGCCACGAGGCAGGCCACGGCGCCGAAGAGAGCAUCUUCGUCGAGACGGCUGUGUCAGCGCGCCAUAAUGGCAUCUAUGAUGAGGAGAAGUUGCGCGCCUGGACUGAUCUUUCCGAGGAGGAUCGGGAUAUCUGGAGGCAGAGACUUGUUGAUGCUGGACGGUGGACGGCGGCUGAGGGGGAGAGUAUCCUGUUAGGUGUUUUGUUUGGGACUGCUUGUCGGGAACUGGGUGGUGCUGUUAGAGCUGGAUUGCCUUGA